AUGACGGAGGGCAAGAUCGUCGCCUGGAACGCCGCCGAGGGGGACCGCCUCGCCAAGGGCGACCCUGUUGUUGUCGUGGAGUCUGAUAAGGCCGACAUGGACGUCGAGACCUUCCACGACGGGUUCCUCGCCGCCGUACUCGUCCCCGCGGGAGAGUCCGCGCCCGUCGGCUCCGCCAUCGCGCUCCUCGCCGAGUCCGAGGAGGAGAUCCCGCUCGCCCGGUCCCAGGCUGCCAACUUCUCCUCCUCCGCCGCCGCCUCGCCGCCGGCCCCCCAGGAAACCGUCGCCCAAGAAACGUCCCCUGCUCCGCCUCCUCCGGCGCCCGUAGCAGUCUCUGCGCCAGCACUGCCCUCACCGGCCACACAGGGCGGGGCGCGCGUGGUUGCCUCGCCUUAUGCCAAGAAGCUCGCAAAGGAGCUCAGCGUUGAUCUAUUCGCAGUCAGUGGCUCUGGCCCAGGGGGGAGAGUUGUGGCAAAGGACGUAGAGGCUGCGGCAGCUGCCCCCAAGAAAGCUGGGCCAGAGCCAGCUGCUCGACCAGAUGUUCCAUUGGGAUCCACGGCGCCAUUCACCACAAUGCAGGGCGCUGUGAGCAAGAACAUGGUGGAGAGCCUUGCUGUGCCGGCGUUCAGGGUCGGGUACACCAUCACAACCGAUGCUCUCGAUGUGCUCUACAAGAAAAUUAAGGCAAAGGGUGUGACAAUGACAGCGCUGCUGGCGAAGGCUACAGCGAUGGCGCUGGUGCAGCAUCCUGUGGUGAACUCCAGCUGCAGAGAUGGGCAGAGCUUUACUUACAACAGUAGCAUCAACAUUGCUGUCGCGGUGGCCAUCGAUGGUGGAUUGAUAACCCCCGUGCUCCAGGAUGCUGAUAAGGUUGAAUGCUUUGUGUAUUUGUUGAUUGUUCUGAAGCUUGAUAUUUAUUCACUGUCAAGGAAAUGGAAGGAGCUGGUUGAUAAGGCUCGGGCAAAGCAGCUGCAGCCCCAGGAGUACAACUCUGGUACCUUUACUCUUUCAAACCUCGGUAUGUUUGGAGUUGAUAGAUUCGAUGCGAUCUUGCCACCUGGAACUGGAGCAAUCAUGGCUGUUGGCUCAUCACAACCGACAGUUGUUGGUACAAAAGAUGGUAGAAUUGGGAUCAAGAGCCAAAUGCAGAUAGGUGUCAGGCAUGAGUAUUUACCUGAGUGUUUAUUAAUUGUUGAUUACGUUGAGCUCGAUGUACAAUGGAAGCAAAGCAAGCCAGCUGCUUUGAUCGACCGCCUUCAUAAACCCCUCAAGGAGCUUAUUCUUGCUUCCAUUUCCAUAGCCUGGUGGGAAGCCUUUGCCUGCAAAAGCCGCUGCUUCUAUUUCUAUAGCCUGGUGGGAAGCCAUUGCCUGCAAAGCUGCGGCAUGGCUGCCGCCUCGUCUGGCCGUGCAGAGGUCGACACCUCUCGCGCGUUCCGGUCUGUCAAGGAGGCGGUUGCCGUGUUCGGUGAGCGCAUUCUCGCGAAGGAAGCACAGUUCAGGCCGGGUGCCCAUGCCAACCAUCGUGUUGUUAGGGAGAGGAGUUCUUGGCGUGACUCUGUCGCCAUUGCUUCCUCAAAAGAGAAGCUUGAGGGGAGUUCUGACCUCAUCAAGGGAAGCCACUCCACCAAUCCAAACGCCGUCGCGGCAUCAUCGUCGCCGUCUCUAGCCCACGACGACGACUACGACAAGCAGAUCCGGAAGGAAUCCAAUCUCAUGACCAUGAGCUCCAUCAAGAAGGUGGAGGAAGAGGCGGCCAAGACAAGGCUGGAGGCGGUGCAGGUCAAGAGGAGGCUGGCCGACCUGGAGCUAGCCAUGGCGAACCUCAACGCGAAGCUCCACCGUGCCCUCUCGAGGCUGGCAUACAUAGAGGCCGACAAGGCGGCGGCCGCAAGGGCCAGCAUCCAGCAGAGGGACAUCAACACGUCGGCGCUGACGGUCUGGGCCAAGGCGAAGCCCGAGCGGCAUCCAUUGCGACACCUGCUGAGCCUCGACGAUGCCGACGAGGAGGUGAAGCAUGGCCCGGAAAGGGAGACGACAAUGACAACGAUAAAGAGGAAGAUGCAGAAGCAGAAGCCAAUCAUGCCCCUUGUUGUUCCGCUCAUCAGUGAUGUGCUUUUCUCCAAGAAGAAGAGGAUGAACGACAAGGAGAGCUUGUACCUGAAGGAGCUCUACAGCUUGCUAAGGCUGUCUUGA